UGGCAUUGCGCAUUUUCAUUCCAACCGCCGAGGGCAGCAGAGCCACCAAAAACCAAAGAGUACACGCACAAAACGAUGCAGCAGAGACUAGUGAUUGUGGGUCUGAUCGGGCUGGCGCUGGUGGGCAUGUGCCACGCCCAGGGACGCAUCAUGGGCGGGGCGGAGGCGGACCCCACGGCCACGCCCUUCGCCGCCUCCCUGCGGGUGGACAACGCCCACGCGUGCGGCGGAUGCAUUCUCUCCCAGACCAAGAUCCUGACCACCGCCCACUGCGUCUACCGCGAUGGAAAGCUAAUCGAUGCCAGUCGCCUGUCGGUGCGCGUGGGCAGCACCAACCAGUAUGCCGGUGGCAAGAUAGUCUUUGUGGAGUCGGUUGCCGUGCAUCCGGACUACUAUAACCUGGACAACAACCUGGCCGUGAUCACGCUGAGCUCGGCGCUGGCCUACACCGAACGGAUCAACGCCAUCCCGGUGGUCGCCAGCGGGGAGGCGCUGCCCGCCGAGGGAUCGGAGGUGAGCGUGGCCGGCUGGGGUCGCACCAGCGACGGCACCACCUCGUACAAGAUCCGUGAGACGACGCUGACGGUGGCCUCGGAGGCGACCUGCCUGGAUGCGUACAGCGAGCACGGCGAGCAGAGCUUCUGCCUGGCCCACGAGCUGAAGGAGGGCACCUGCAACGGAGAUGGAGGCAGUGGCGCCGUGUACGGCGACACGUUGAUCGGACUGACGAACUUUGUGGUGGGCGCCUGCGGCUCCCGCUAUCCGGAUGUGUUUGUGCGACUCUCCAGCUACGCGGAUUGGAUCCAGGAGCAGAUCGCCUAGGUCAUAGCACUUCCCUUUUUGCCUUUUGCCUUUUGCGAGCUAUCAAAAUAAUAACUAUUUUCCGAAACUCAAUGCGGGAAACUCAAAUUCCCCCAAUGGCAA